AUGUCGGGCGAGGACAGCCCGGCGGCGGGCCCGGGGACGGCGGCCGCGGCUGCCCGUGAGCGGCGGCGAGAGCAGCUGCGGCAGUGGGGGGCGCGGGCGGGCGCGGAGCCGGGCCACGGGGAACGCCGCGCCCGCACCGUCCGCUUCGAGCGCGCCGCCGAGUUCCUGGCGGCCUGUGCGGGCGGAGACCUGGACGAGGCGCGCUUGAUGCUGCGCGCUGCCGACGCCGGCCCCGGCGCCGAGCUCGACCCCGCCGCCCCGCCGCCCGCCCGCGCAGUGCUCGACUCCACCAACGCCGACGGCAUCAGCGCCCUGCACCAGGCCUGCAUCGAUGAGAACCUGGAGGUGGUGCGCUUCCUGGUGGAGCAGGGCGCCACGGUGAACCAGGCGGACAACGAGGGCUGGACGCCUCUGCAUGUGGCCGCCUCCUGCGGUUACCUGGACAUUGCCAGGUACCUCCUGAGCCAUGGGGCCAACAUCGCUGCCGUCAACAGUGACGGGGACCUGCCCCUGGACCUGGCUGAGUCAGAUGCCAUGGAGGGGCUGCUGAAGGCGGAAAUCGCGCGCCGAGGUGGGCCCCUGGUGUGCCGUGAAGAACUGCUGCUUCAUGACACAAGGUGCUGGCUGAAUGGGGGUGCCAUGCCAGAGGCCCGGCACCCCCGCACCGGGGCUUCUGCCCUGCACGUGGCCGCUGCCAAGGGCUACAUUGAGGUGAUGAGGCUGCUCCUUCAGGCUGGCUAUGACCCGGAGCUCCGGGACGGGGAUGGCUGGACCCCCCUGCACGCAGCGGCCCACUGGGGUGUGGAGGACGCCUGCCGCCUGCUGGCCGAGCACGGCGGGGGCAUGGACUCGCUGACCCACGCGGGGCAGCGUCCCUGUGACCUGGCUGACGAGGAAGUGCUGAGCCUAUUGGAGGAACUGGCCCGGAAACAGGAGGACCUGCGGAACCGGAAGGAAGCCUCCCAGAGCAGGGGCCAGGAGCACCAGGUGCCCCCCAGCAGCAAGCACAGAAGGAGCUCUGUGUGUCGUCUGAGCAGCCGUGAGAAGAUUUCCCUCCAGGACCUGUCCAAGGAGCGCCGGCCUGGUGGGGCGGGGGGGCCCCUCAUCCGGGACGAAGAUGAGGGAGAAGAAGGUCCCACGGAGCCAGACCCUGCGGAAUCCAGGACCCUCAAUGGAGUCUCCUCCCCACCACCCCCUAGUCCUAAGAGCCCCGUGCUGCCCGGAGAGGCCCCCUUCUCCAGGCGCUUUGGCCUCCAGAAGACAGGGAGCUCUGGGGCCCUGGGGCCCCCAGAAAGGCGGGGAUCCGAGGGAGCCCCUGGGGCUGGGCUGCAGCGCUCAGCUUCGUCCUCUUGGCUGGAAGGGACCUCCUCCCAGGCCAAGGAGCUCCGUCUCGCCAGGGUUACCCCGACCCCCUCCCGGAAGGCGCUGGAGCCCUCUGCCCUGUCUGAGAGCACCAAGCCUGCUCCUCCCGUGGGUAACUCCACUCCUCCCAAGAUUCCAGAGCCUGAAUCCCCAGUGAAGCCAAAUGCCCCCUCAGCCUCUUCAGUGCCCCCAGCGGACUCCCGGGACCGUCGGAGGUCCUACCAGAUGCCCGUACGGGAUGAGGAGUCUGAAUCCCAGCGGAAAGCUCGCUCCCGCCUCAUGCGCCAGUCUCGGAGGUCCACACAGGGUGUGACUCUGACAGACCUGAAGGAAGCGGAGAAGGCUGCAGGGAAGGCCGCAGAGCCUGAGAAGUCCCCGCACAGCUUGGACCCUUCUAGAAGGCCCCGAGUCCCUGGAGUUGAGAACUCUGACGGCCCUGCCCAGAGAGCAGAGGCGCCUGAAGGGCAGGGUCAGGGACCGCAGGCUGCCAGGGAGCACCACAAGGUCGGCAAGGAGUGGAGGGGGCCUGCGGAGGGGGAGGAGGCGGAGCCGGCGGACCGCAGCCCGGAGUCCAGCACCGCCGAGUGCGGCCCCUCCGCCCGCAGACAGCGCUCGCAGAGGGACCUCAACCCAGAACCUGAGCCGGAAUCAGAGGAGCCCGAUGGAGGCUUCAGGAAGCUGUACGCAGAGCUGCGCAGGGAGAAUGAGCGGCUCCGCGAGGCCCUGACCGAGACCACGCUGCGGCUGGCACAGCUCAAGGUGGAGCUGGAGCGGGCCACGCAGAGGCAGGAACGCUUUGCCGAGAGGCCAGCCCUCUUGGAGCUGGAGAGAUUUGAGCGCCGGGCCCUGGAGCGCAAGGCCGCGGAGCUGGAGGAGGAGCUGAAGGCCCUGUCUGACCUCCGCGCUGACAACCAGCGGCUCAAGGAUGAGAACGCGGCACUCAUCCGUGUCAUCAGCAAACUCUCCAAGUGACUCUGGAGGACUUUCUCACACCCGUAUUUAUACAGCUGCUUCUGCCACAUGCACCCUUUCCCCCACGUGAACAUGAGUGACAGGGCUCCGGGGGAAGUCUCUGAGAAGCCAUAAUCUCCUCUUGGGACCUUUGGGCUGGGAGGGGAGCAGAGUCCCCAGGAGCCAAGGGGGCCACCCAAGGUCAGGAUGGAGGUGGGAGGCCAAGCCAGGUAGGGGGACGUCGCCAGAGGGGACCAGGGCUGGAGACGGGACCAGGAUGGAACUGAGGACCAAGCAGCUCAAGGAUCAGUAGCCAGGACCAGAGUGGCUGCCUGGAGGUCCCCACCUCACGUGUGAUGCCACCCAGUCACCCCUCCCCCUCCUGAGCAGGGAUCCGAGAAUGUGCCAAGAGCCCUACUGGCCUCAGCCAGGUGGGCCUGUAUAUAGGGUCCAUGUGCAAUAGGGAGGGAUGUCUUCUAUUUUUUGCUGCCCCCUCCCCGCCCACUGUCCGGGGCAGGGGGAGAAGGUAUUUUCAAGACAAAGCACAGGCACCACAAAUAAAAGUCGUGAAGUUGCCACUCAA